GGUGUCGGCGCACCGAGGAGUGCAGCGCUCUUGGUGAGCCUGGCACCCGGAGUAGCCGUCUCCCCCUCCCCCUGCCAGAGCCGCUAGAAGCCCCCUCUCUUCUGUCCUCCCUGGACUGGGGCGAGCAGGGCUGCACUGUCCCAGGCCGGCGGGGCGGAGCCCGGAGCCCCACUGAGCGCUGCAGAGCCAACCUCACCUCCUGCCCAGGGCGCAAGUGUGAACCACUGCCCCCUGUUGUGUUGAUGCUGGUCUGCCAUGCUAGCCUGUCUCCCAGGGCCAGGUGACCUGUCCUUCCAGCUUCUCCCUCACACGCAGAUGAACACUGGACUUCAGAAAUGGGACACUACACAGAAAAUGAGAACUGCUCACUAUCCUACCCCAGCCGAAUUGGACGCGUAUGCUAAGAAGGUGGCAAACAACCCACUGACUAUAAAAAUCUUCCCCAACAGUGUGAAGGUUCCCCAGCGGAAACACGUUCGUCGUACUGUGAACGGCCUCGACACAUCAGCCCAGCGCUACAGCCCCUACCCGACUCAGGCUGCCACCAAGGCAGGCCUGCUUGCCAUUGUCAAAGUACCAGCCAAAAGCAUACUCAAGGACUUUGACGGCACCCGAGCCCGCUUACUCCCUGAGGCCAUCAUGAACCCCCCAGUGGCACCAUACGCUACUGUGGCACCCAGCACUUUAGCCCACCCCCAGGCCCAGGCUCUGGCCCGCCAGCAGGCCCUGCAGCAUGCACAGACCCUGGCCCAUGCCCCUCCCCAGACACUACAACACCCUCAGGGUAUACCACCACCACAGGCACUGUCUCACCCUCAGAGCCUCCAGCAGCCGAUGGCCCAAACCCAGGGCCUGGUCCACCCACAGGCCCUGACUCACCAGGGUCUCCAACACCCCCCUAAUCCAUUGCUGCAUGGAGGCCGGAAGAUGCCAGACUCAGAUGCGCCCCCGAAUGUGACCGUGUCUACCUCAACUAUCCCCCUUUCGAUGGCGGCCACCCUGCAACACAGCCAGCCCCCGGACCUGAGCAGCAUCGUGCAUCAGAUCAACCAGUUUUGCCAGACGAGGGCAGGCAUCAGCACUACCUCAGUGUGUGAGGGCCAGAUCGCCAAUCCCAGCCCCAUUAGUCGUAGUCUGCUCAUCAAUGCAAGCACCCGGGUGUCGACCCACAGCGUCCCCACACCAAUGCCUUCAUGUGUGGUCAAUCCCAUGGAGCACACCCAUGCGGCCACAGCCGCACUGCCUGCCGCGGGUCCUGUCAACCUGCCCACAGGCAUCUCUCGAGCCCCCACUGGCUACCCUAGCGACCUCAAGCCAGUUACUUGGAACCAGCACCAGCUGGCCCACCUCCAACAGAUGUGCAGUGAAGCUGGUGGGACACCAGCCCCUGGCCUGACAGGCAAACAUACAGCAGGACGUGAGUUGGCAGGGCCUGGUUUUGUGGGCAAGGCCCCUGCCUACCCACAGGAACUCUGCCUGGCCCAGUCCUUCCAUCUGAAGCCUUCCCUGGAGAAGCCAACCCCAUCCCCACCUGUCAAUGGCCUACCAGCCCCACUGGCCUAUCCCAAUGGUCACUACUUCCAACCCCUGUGGAACAACAUCCUACCAACUCCCAAUAGCGACAGCUCGGGGUCUCAGGACCUCGCCAUGCCGUUCCAUGGUGGGCAGCCCACAGGUGCACCCCUCGACUGUGCGGCGGCUCCUGGGGCCCACUACCGAGCGGGAACUGGGGGUGGGCCAGUGGCAAGCCAGAACAGCCUGAUGCAAACGGUGGAUUACCUGAGUGGGGAUUUCCAGCAGGCCUGCUUCCGAGAACAGAGCCUGGCCAUGUUGAGCAAGGCCCACCGAGCCCCUGGUACCCGAGCCCCUGAUCCCACAGAUAGUCGAAGUCUUCAUAUUCAGCACCCAGGGUAUAGAUAGGGAGCCGUGAUGUCCUCCUCAGGCAACACGUCAUACAUUGCCCUUCUAGGUUUAGUCUUACUUUUAAGUAACUGGAUAGUUUCAAGGUUUCACUGCUCCAGUGUGAUCAUCCUUAAAUACCUAAGGAAGGGAACUCGGCGGGGUCUAUUUGGGGGCGAAGAAGGUCCUUCAUCCUCCCUCAAACUCCUGGCUUUCUGUUAGACCUGAACCUGCCCUCUUAGCCACCUGCCUAUCAGUCGGUCUCCACCUUGACCACUUGUUACUCUGCCGUCUUUUGCUGAGACUGAGUGUGGCUGAGGGAAGUGGCCUAGAGCCUUAAGUUCGACUUCUCUGUCUGGGACUAAGAAGCCAAACUUUCUAAGUGCUCUGGAAGCUAAUUCUUUAUCCCCCAAAGAUGUCAAAUCUGAAUAAACCGUUUCCAUUGCUCUCAGCUGUUCCCACUCCUCAAGGCUCGGGUCUGCGUUGACAAAGUCCUGAGACUCCCAGAGAAAACCUGGGUUCUUGACCCCACCCCCUCCAGAGAAAUGAAGUGGCCAUCUGGCAUUCCCAAGACCACCUGUCACUGUUGCCUCUCUCCAAACAACGACUGUCCUCAUCCCUGCCUCCCCUCCCCCUUAAGAAAAAAAGAAACUACCUUACUUGAAGAAUUAGUUAUAGGUAAAGGAUGAUCACAUUAGAGUUUGGAAUUAAAAACACCAAAAAAGUUUAAAAAAAAAGUUAAACUGCAUUUGGUUCUCUACACUGGCUAGGAAUUAUUGGUCCACACUGUAAGUUUUAAGUGUCAUGUUUCUGUAUGAAUGUGUGGGUUUGAGGAGCGUUUUGUAUGAGCGGCCCCACAGGUACAUUCACCCUCACAUUUUGCAGCCCUUCAGUUUAAUGAAGAACAAAAGGAAAAACACAAAGCCUUAAGCUCUUUGAAUUCUUCCUCUACCAAAUGAGCAUGGUUCUGACUGCUGCGGAGGGGCGUACAUUGGGAACAGCCUCUCUUGCCCCUCGCCCGUUCUUUGAGCAUCUCCCACCUUCCAGGACCAGUGUCUCAUUCCCAAGUAACAAUUAGUUGUCUAGAAAUUCAACACACCUCUGUGACUUUACAUUGUUUUGUUGUGAACUUCUGCACCUGACUUCUGUUAUGCAGCUGGGCUCUAAGAAUAAUAAUAAUAAUAAGCCCUUGCCUUUCCUCUUGUCUCUGGGGAAUGUGAGCUGAUAACUGAAGGUUUUGGGUUUAUUCUCACUGUUUCUUAGCCAGAGAUUCUGUAGUGAACUGAAGCAAUGUGACUGAAGACCAGUUUUUAAAUUAUGUGUUGGCAAGUUGCCUUAUAUUUAAAAGGAAGAAAAAAAAAAAAGGAAAAAAAAAUGCCUGAGUGUGUUAUGCCAAACGAUAGCAACACGCAUUCCUGUUACCGUUUCCCUGCCGGCUGUGAGCACUGGUAUUACUGCCCUGUCUUCAAGCCCCUCACCUCCUCAAGGUGUUGGCCAUCUCCUCACCCAGAGCCCCCCCCCCCCCCCAUUAGUGAUUUCCUGAGUCUUUAUUUAAUGAGCUCCACUGUCUCCUGGGACCUCUUGCUUGACUCCGAGCUGAUAUUCUUAUAACUCCCUUCCCAGAUCCUCCCGAGUGGGCUGCCACUGUGGGAAGCUGAACCAGACACUAACUUGGGGGCUUUCACACCCCACUCCCACCUCUAGUCUGCAUGGAAGGCGUACUGUGAUCCCCUUACCUACAAAUGACUGCCUUCAACUUGGUGUAAGAUGUUUCCUAGUUCAACCCCAUUGUCCCCCCCACCCCACCCAACCAGCAAUAAGGGUCCAAGCCAGGGCCUCAUCUUCACACUCCUUGCCUCCGAGAUCCCAUGCCACCCCAAGGGGAUACCUGGAGCCCCCAUUCCACCACCUUGUUCUCCACCUCACCUCACCUGUGGUGGUUUAUGGGCAUGGUGUUUGUUUUGUUUUGUUUUUUUUAAUUAUAAACCAGUAAAACAGGAAACCUC